GAAAGAAACUCGGCCGCUCUUCCUUGUCCAGCAUGUUCUGCCCAUUAGUGGAGCCAGCCGCUGGUGUGUAAAGACUGAAGAGACUUUUUCUUUUCAAAGGGAUCUUCUGUCCAAAAACAAUGACUUCUAAUUCCAACUUAUCCAACAUGCGACGGCUGGUGGAACAACUGAAGCUGGAGGCCAGCGUGGAAAGAAUAAAGGUGUCCCAGGCGGCUGCAGAGCUCCAGCAGUAUUGUCUGCAGAACGCAGCCAAAGACGCCCUGCUGGUGGGAGUCCCUACAGGCAGCAACCCCUUCAGGGAACCGCGCUCCUGUGCUGUGGUAUGAAGGUCAGCGUCCACGAAGCAUACAGCCUUUGUUAUUUCGCCACGUUCGCUGUCAACCUGUGAUCCACUUUUCGUUCCUGAUUCCCCACCGUUGGAUUCCUCUGGCUCCAGUUCUCCAUAUCCUCUGUGUCCCUCUGCUGAAGUCAUCUGGUCCACCUCCCUCUCCUCUGGCUCCCCCUCACUAGUUUCUCGUAUUCUAGUAAACCUUGUCUCUCGCCUACUCAACCAGUAGUUGUUAUUUAUAGGUUUUUAUUCAUUGUGGCAAGUUUUUGUAUUAAUUUGAAAGUAUAGUUUGUCGUCCUUUAGAGGAUGUUUGGUAAUAUUUCUAGUAGUAAGUAUUUGUUAGUAGGAGCUUAUUUCACCGGUCUGUUUGGGAACCUUAGUUUGUCUUUUUGAAUCUUUGUAAAUAAAUUGUGUUUCAUUGAUUCAA